CUCUGAAUAAAUAGUUGGUCAGAAUUUGAUUCCCGGAAUAACAAAAAUUGAGAUAUUCCUAUAGAAAGCAAAUCAGGAAUCACGAUUUGAAACAGGGGUUGUAGAUCGGAAGCUGGAGAAGAAGUUUGCACUGUUCCUUCAGCUUUUUCGAACAAUGGCCAAUCUUUCGGGUGCAGUCUCUGUUAGAAAGCCAAUCACCCACGUCAUUUUCGACAUGGACGGUCUCUUGCUCGUUGGAUAAAAUUUCUGCUGAAAACUUCUGUUGGUUUGGGAAUUUGAUUCUCUUGUAGACACUGAGAAGUUCUAUACACAAGUCCAGGAAAUGAUACUUGCUAGAUACAACAAAACCUUUGAUUGGACCCUGAAGGCAAAGAUGAUGGGAAAGAAAGCAAUAGAAUCUGCUAGGAUCUUUGUUGAAGAGACUGGAAUUAGCAAUUCGCUUAGUCCUGAGCAGUUUCUUGCAGAAAGAGAGGAUAUGCUGCAGUCUUUGUUUCCCACAAGUGAUCUUAUGCCAGGUGCCAGCCGUUUAGUCAAACAUCUACAUGCAAACGGAGUUCCAAUUGCUGUGGCAACUGGUUCUCACAGGCGACAUUUUGAAUUGAAAACUCAAAGACAUCAUGAAAUCUUCUCUUUGAUGCAUCAUAUUGUCCUUGGUGAUGAUCCAGAAGUUAAACAAGGGAAACCUUCUCCGGAUGGAUUUCUUGCAGCAGCUAAGAGAUUCGAGGGUGGACCAGUUGAUCCUUGUAACGUUCUUGUUUUUGAAGAUGCACCCGCAGGUGUUCUUGCUGCUAAAAAUGCUGGAAUGUCUGCUGUUAUGGUCCCUGAUCCAAGGCUGGACAAAUCAUUUCACGAUGCAGCAGACCAAGUUUUGAACUCACUGUUGGGUUUCAACCCUAGUGAGUGGGCUUUACCUCCUUUUGAAGAUAAUGCUAGCUAGCUAGCUGAACUUAGUUUUCUCUUACUUGCCGUCCAUUUUUACAGCGAACAGAAAAGGCUGCAUUUGUUUUGUACAACUAAAUGACGAGUAAUUAAUCCAUUCUCAUAGAUUAUAGAACCUUUAUGUUA